AUGUCAGCAGACUGUUCUGAUAAUGAAAUUAUAGAAUCUGGUCAUUUACCGACUGAAGAACUUGCAGAAACAGCCACUGCACAUCCAGAACAUACAAUCCUGCAAUUUUCACCAACGAAAACACUACCACUUGUACUUCCUGUUUCAGUGACAUUGCCUUCAACGACAGCAAUCCCCCUACAAACAGAAAUUGAACAGCACGGUUAUCAGGAGUCCUUUGAGCUCAUCGAAAAUAGAGAAAAGUUGCAAGACUAUACUGAAGUAAAUUCCUUAAUUAAUCCAUUGGCAGCAGAAGAAAUUUCAGAUAAAGAAAACAGAGGAGAAAUUAUGACAAGUCAUGAUAAUAGAAGAGAUAUUUCACCUGAAUGGAUACCUGAACAACAUUACAAUGUUUACACUUGUUCCACUGUUACACCAAGUUCUCAAUCAGUUUUGCAGCUAAGACAGUAUUAUACAAAUUUGGAACAGUCUACAAAACUAAAUGGGUCUAGGAUAACAGAAAGUAAUAAUACUGAAAAUAAUCAUAAUAACACUGAAAGAAAAUCCAUCCGCAAAUUAAGACGUAACACAUUUGAUAAAUCCUCUCAGCCUUCGAGUUUAAACAGUCAGAUAGGUCAAAUAGAUCCUGCAGAAGCAUUUGGUCUUCAGAAAGAUGACAAGGUCCGCAUAUCAGUUGAAGAGUUGCGGAAAUUAUUCGAGUCAGGGGCAUUUAAUGAUUACAGUAGAAAUCAGAAAGCUGGUGAAACCACACCUAUAUCACCAGAACAAAACGAGAAUUCGAACCACUUGAAUCGAUCUCAAUCAUUUGAACCAAUAAAAUCCGUUCCAGCUAAUUCUGUGGAAUUUCACUCACGUCCACCAAAAUUUCGUACACCUAGUCCAAAACCAUGCAAUCUACCUACACCACCUCCGCUACCUUUACCACCAUCUAUGGAGUUCGUCGACAAAUCAUAUGAGAUUACAAAUGAAAGUGACAUAAGUAAACCAAGGAAUAAGAUGAGACAUAAAAAUAAAAACUAUUCAUCGUGUUGGAGUCAGCCAGCCAAACCAAUACUAUCAAUGAGCCUGCCUUAUCGUUCAAGAUCUUUAGCUCUUGAUCGAAAAUCUGAACCUAUUCACACUAACAGAGGAAGUUCAUUAUCACGUUACCGGGCAUGUUCAAUCACUCAGCGUUCUUUGUCUCCAUUACCUAGUUCUGUAUUAGUAAAAGAAGAACAGCUUAAGGAGCAAGCACAGAAUACAUCUUCAAAGUUCACAAACAAUAAGAACCCGAGGAUGAAAACAAAUACUAGUAAGGGACUAAAUACAAAUUUAGAAUUGGGCAAACAGAACGUCAACCAAGCUUUAGUUCAUUAUGAUGAAUAUAAUUUAAAACCGGACCAGAUUGUUUGUGUAAAUCCUUCUUCUACCGAUGGUGUCUACGUUAGAUCAGCUGUAGUUUAUGAACGUGUGAACGACAAACCUUUUCCGACAGAGCCUAAAAAUUUCAUCACGACUUACGUAGUAUCUAAAUGGCCAAGUCCUAGUCAAGCGACGGUCCAAGCGACAAAUUUAUGGGUUGCUGAACAGUCUCUACAGCAGUAUAGGCAGAAGAAAUCUACACCUUACAGAUCUCAAACCAUAUCGAAAAGCAAUACCAUAGUUCCGUCCAAUGAACCAAAGGCUUUACAACCCUAUGACAAAGGUCGAGUCCGUAGUCCUGUUCAUUUAAAGAAAACUACAAUACAACAAAAAGAUCGAAGUCCAGUAACUCAGCCAAGAAUAAAAUUUGAUCAAUGUAAUCAAAGGUAUGAUCACGUCAGAAAUACAUCCUUGUCUCCUCAACCAUUACCUACUCCACCGCCUUCUGAGUUACACCCACAAAUACUGAGAUGCACAAGUGGUCAGUGUAGCCCAACCCGUCAAAGACGUAUUUCUCAACCCUGCAUAAGUAAACCGACUCAUCUUGAUAGAAGUCAAUUUCCUACACGACACAGACCUUAUUUAAGUCGUUCGUGGUCAGUGAAAUCGUUAUCACCUCCUCCACCUUUCCGGAGUCAGUGGUUGAGUUCAAUGAGUCACUCAAGAAGCAGGCAAAAAAUAUUUGAUAAAUCUUACAGCCUAAUCCAAGAAGGGCAUCAAAAGCCAUGUGGAGAAAAAACUUAUAAACAAUAUCAAAGCGAGGAACUAAAUAGAAUUAUUAACUGCACUAAGCACAGAAGUUGCGUUGAGUCGCAUCGUGUGGAAAAUGCACGCCGUUUUAGAGACAGACAAAAAAAGCAAUGGGUCAAACGUGCUGAAGAAAUCAGUGAAGAUAGACUAAAAUAUCACGAGCUUCGAGGAAGCUGGUCACCACCUGGUAUGCGAAGUCCACCACGCUUAACACCGAAUAACAUGGAAGAAUGUACAGAAAGAGAGAUUCAACGCUACGUAAGACAACACUCGCCACCAGCCCGCUCACCGCGUGUUGCAUUUCCUAGGUACUCAUCUUGUUAUCCGCAAGAAUAUGUUAAAUCUUUGGAUAAAGGUAUACAGUGUGAUAGUGUUGAUGGAUAUGACAACACAUGUGAAACACUGGGGCAUUUUAUGAAUGACUGUGUAGAUACUACACCAAUAGCGGAAGAUUUUGAUAGAAAACGUGCCUAUUUUGAAGAACUAAUAAGAGUGAACCGAAAUUUAGCUCAAUGCUCAUUCUGUUCUGACUGCUAUCACUGUUCCCCUGGACAAACGCCUAAACUGAGCGCUUAUUCAAGCUGGGAUUCCGAAAUCAAUAACUUAAACAGUCAAAACAAUUUACUCGUGAAACGUGAUUGUUAUACAAAGAAUCAAGCAACCAACCAUCACCAACAGCACCACAAUGAAGAAUAUCAUCAUUUACAGCAGCAGCAGCAGCUGACUUAUUUUAAAAAGCCAAUGCAAAAUUUAGAUUAUAGCUAUCAUGAGUACAGUAAUAAUGAUAACCAUUAUUCUAGUACUAAAUAUCAAAAUAGGAAUGGUAACAAUAAUAAGAGUAUUUACCCAGUUACUCUGAGUGAACCUCAGCAGUAUGCCUCUAAUACUUAUCUGCCAUUUGAAAACCAUGUAUAUGUUGAACAGGAUUCCUACUACCCCUGUUUAGACAAAAGUUUAAUGAGUUAUCCUAACAUCAGUUCUACGAAGCAUGAUUAUUAUGCAAAAGCUAUGAACUCCAUGCCAAAAGUCGCUCCCAAUCCACCUACAUAUAGUAAUAAUAACUAUAGUAACAUGUAUAACUAUUACACACCCUAUGAAUCGGUGGUUCGGUAUCGAAAUAUUUCACCGUUAUGUGUAGAGCUGGAGGGCUCACCAAAUCUUACAUCACCACAUAAUCCCUCCGUUAAUCCGCGUUCUCAUAUCAUACGGAAAACAAAUCAUUCACCGCCGUGUAGAUUUUCCUCUUAUGCAACAAAUCAGCAACACAAUUCAAUGAAUUUUCGAUCUCACACACAGCAGUCAGAUCACCAACUACGACAUGGUGACUCAUUAGAAAGUUUACACUGUGAACAAAAUGAGUAUGCGGAGGAUCAGCUAAAAUAUUAUGGUAGAGUAAAACAAAUUGUUCAAGUAUUGGACAAACAAGCUGCUGAAUUUAACUCACACGUUAAUCCAGUCGAAUCAGUAGCUAGUCCUAAUCGACAUCGACCAUUAAGACGCAGUCAUAGUGACAGAUUCUCUUACCUUAUGCCACGAACAUCAUGGUAAUCUUAUAAUAGAAUCAAGUUAUGAUUUAGCUGAAGACCAACA